AUGACCAGUCAGGAGCAUAAUCGCUAUGAACAUCCUUUAGUUAAUCGCUAUGCUACGAAAGAAAUGAGUGAAAUCUGGUCACCCGAUCGUAAAUUCUCGACAUGGCGUGAAUUAUGGUUCGUAUUAGCAACCUGUGAGAAAGAAUUGGGCUUAGCAAUUACGCAAGAACAAGUAGACGCUAUGAAAGCAAACCGAACGAAUAUUGACUAUGAAUAUGCACAAGAGAUGGAAAAGAAGUUUCGUCAUGAUGUGAUGGCACAUGUACAUACAUUUGGAAAAGAAGCACCGAUAGCAAUGCCAAUUAUUCAUUUAGGUGCUACGAGCUGCUAUGUUGGUGAUAAUGCUGAUCUCAUUCAAUUAAAACAAGGACUGCAAUUGAUUCAACGUAAAAUGGUGAAAGCAAUGAAAGUAAUUGCAGACUUUGCUCUUGAGUAUAAGGAUAUGCCGACGAUGGGUUUUACACAUUAUCAGCCAGCGCAACUUGUGACCGUGGGCAAACGUGCAUCGCUCUGGUUGCAAGACUUGUGGCUUGAUUUUCAACAACUUGAUGAUCAGAUUGAUACUUUACCUUUGCGUGGUGUAAAGGGAACAACAGGUACUCAAGCUAGUUUUCUUGACCUGUUUGAAGGUGACCAUGAGAAGGUAAAGAAACUCAACAAGCUCGUAGCUGAGAAAAUGGGCUUUAAGAAGGUGAUUCCCGUAUCGGGUCAGACGUAUACGCGCAAGAUCGACUACUUUGUGUUGUCGAUCCUGUCAGGUAUUGCUCAGUCGGCUUACAAAAUGGCCGGUGACAUUCGUUUGCUGGCCAGCAUGAAGGAGAUUGAGGAACCGUUUGAGAAAAAUCAGAUUGGCUCCUCAGCUAUGGCUUACAAGCGUAAUCCGAUGCGCUCCGAGCGUAUUUGUAGUCUAGCACGUUACGUCAUCUCGUUGACGGACAAUGGUGCGCAGACCCACGCUGCGCAAUGGUUUGAGCGCACGCUUGAUGACUCGGCUAAUCGUCGUAUGGUCCUACCGGAGGCGUUCCUUGCUACGGACGUCAUUCUAAACCUGAUCAUUAACGUCUCGGACAGCCUGCAGGUGUGGCCUAAUGUGAUCAAAGCGCAUAUUAAGGCGGAGCUGCCAUUCAUGGCUACGGAAAACAUUCUGAUGGCCUGUGUAAAAGCUGGCGGUGACCGUCAAGAACUGCAUGAAGCCAUCCGGACGCAUUCGAUGGAGGCCGGCAAACGUGUCAAGGAAGAAGGAGCUGCCAAUGAUUUACUAGAGCGCAUUGCCGCUGAUCCGCUGUUUAAGGCUGUGCAUGACCACAUGGAUGAAUUACUGGACCCGUCGCUUUUCAUCGGUCGUUGCCCUCAGCAAGUGGAGGAGUUUAUCAGUGAAGAUAUUGCCCCAAUCUUUGUGAAAUACGCGUCGCUGCUUGAAGUAGAGAAUGUGGAUAAUAUCAACGUCUAA